AUGGGCGAGGAAAUGCAAAAUCAAAAAGAACUAUUGGAACUCACUGAUUUUCUCGUCAAAACGGACAAUUCUUGGGCGGAAAUUGAUCCAAACGAAGUAGUCAAUACAUUUUCUCUGGUGUCAAAACUAAAUAUUCCACAGAAAGAAGAAGAUGCUGAUGAUAAUAAUUGUGAUUGUGGGGACGGAAGAGAAACCGAAUCUACUUAUGAGUAUAUUCCAUUGUUUAUAGCAACUAGAACUGGAAUAUCACAAAUUGUGGAAAAGAUUUUGAAGUGUCAUCCUCAAGCAGUUGAGGCGCACGAUAUCAAGCAUCAACAAAACAUUUUGCACAUGGCCAUUAAGUAUCGUCGGUUGGCCAUCUUUAAGAUUGUAAAGAAGAACAAAUUCAUAACCUCAAGGCUGGCUGACUUGAUUGAUAGCGAUUGGAACACCAUAUUGCACCACGCUGCAGAUAUGAGCUAUUUCACAGAUACGAACUAUUACUCUGUGGACGCUAAAGGUACAUAUGGUCCUGCAUUUCAGUUGCAAGAAGAAUUGCAAUGGAUGGCGCGUGUGCAAAAGAUAAUCCCACUUAAUUACACCAUGCACCGCAACAAGAAGGGUAUGACAGCGGAUGAGCUCUUUUCUAAGCAGCAUGCAGAGCUUCUUCAGUCAGCAAAAGUAUGGAUGAAAGAAACUGCUCAGUCAGGCUCGGUCGUGGCUGCUUUGGUGGCCACCGUGGCCUAUGCAGCUGAGUACACGGUUCCCGGGGGUACUAAUCAGAACGGGCUUCCUAAUCUCCAGCACUCUCCUUUCUUCAAAGCAUUGGCCAUUUCGAACACUGUCUCGCUUAUCUUGUCAUUGACUUCUUUGGGCACGUUUCUCAAUAUCAUGAGGUCUCCAUUUGAGUAA